AUGGCAUGUCAAGAACCUCUCAGUGAUCGACAAGGAGGUUCUAUUCAACUUAUUCGUUGUGUUACACCAACGCCAGAAGAAAGAAAUGAUCCAAGAUACAUACCUCAGUUAGAAAUCAAUAAGAAGGCACAACAGAUUAUUUCUGAACGAUUUAACGCACCUAUCUCCAUUAUUGUGUAUGUUGGACACAUGGGGGUUGGCAAAAGUAGACUGGCUUCACUUACUGUUGCUGCGUUAGAAAAGGGGCAACACGACCCAUCUUUAGAUUUACCUGAAUUUGCUUGUAGUGAUGCAGAUGUCGGUGAUGAUGUAACCAUCACGAAAGAACAAUGGAUCGAAAGAGUAUUUAUUGUAAACGAAGAAAGUAAUCAUCUGUCGGCCAGUGAAAAUCAAAGAUUAAAAGCACAGUAUGAAUUUACUCAUCGUAUACCACCCGAAAUAGAUGCCAUCAAUAUUGAUUAUCUACCACGGGCAUUGCUGAAAAAUACUCAAACGCUAGAUAUAUUCGCUACUUCGUAA